AUGCUUAUCCUUGAAUCCGCCGUUCUGCUCCUCGGUUCCUUAUUGACGACCACUUUUGCGGCUCCCUUAGCUCGCCAAGACGCAUCAGGUUCAAUCGUCUCCCCUGUUAGCGGUACAGUGAUUAACCCAGGAGACGCUUUUGAUUUCUCGUACUUUGCCCGAGGAGACUAUGGCAUCACGAGCUUGAACUAUACCGUUUUCCUUAUGACCUCCCCUCCGACUUCACUCGCUCCUUCUGCCAACUUUGCUACUGGUCACUACUUCGGCAGGUUCGCGGAGCCUAAUUACCCUGGUAAUCCGAACCCCCCUAAUCCCGCCCCGGCGCAGCUUGUCAUGCCCGACUUUGCUCUUAGUCCCGGAGGAUGGGGUGUCGGAGCGACAAUGAGCAAUGGUACAUUCUAUCUGGUCGUGUUGGAAGAAUACGUGACUGGAAAUCCCACUGUCGGCGCUUUGAUGAGCCUUGCUAUCACUGAGGUCAUUUACAACGCUACUAGUAGCGCCACUUCUUCUAUCUGA